AUGAACGAGUAUGGCGUGCAAGCAGAACAGCGCGUCGAUGUGUCCGCUGAAGACUCUGGAAAGGUCACCUCCAUACUCAGCCCUUCUACCUUCUCAGCCACUAUUGUAUCACUACUCCUCCAGUCUCCACACCAGGCCAAAGCUCAGCUUCUGUAUAUGCAUGCUCAUACUUCUUCAUACAUCUUGCUCCCUGCCAACAAGCCUGCCACGCAGAUCCAUCUGCGAGAACCAGGACUUGAGAAGGCUUCCGCUUCAGCGUUGCUUCCAUCACGCUUAGCUGCCAAUGCACAGCGUGUAGUGUGA